UCCUCUUCCCUCCCCCCGCCACAUCUCAUUCGCUCCAUUAACGACCCCGAGCACCCCCUCACCCUGGAGGAGCUGAAUGUCGUCGAGCAAGUGCGAGUGAAAGUGAAUGACGCAGAAAGCACGGUGGCAGUGGAGUUUACGCCCACCAUUCCUCACUGCAGUAUGGCGACGUUAAUCGGCCUCUCCAUAAAAGUAAAAUUGAUCAGAUCUCUGCCUGAGAGAUUUAAGCUGGAUGUUCAUAUAACACCAGGAACACAUGCCUCUGAGCAUGCAGUUAAUAAACAGCUUGCUGAUAAAGAACGUGUAGCAGCUGCUUUGGAAAACUCUCACUUACUGGAAGUGGUGAAUCAGUGUUUGUCUGCUCGAUCAUAAUUGCCCAAUGAGGAAAUCGUUGGUAUUCUGCUAUGUUAAACUAAUUUUGUAUAUAAGUGGUGACGCUAGUGUUACACUAUACAUAUGAGCAAAAUAAAAUCACUUGGAUUUUCUUAAAGAAAUGUUUCAUUACUCCUACAAAAAAUAGUAUGUGGGAAAUUAGCUUACAGGCAGCUACAAAAAUAUAAUGAAAACUGACUUUUAAAUUUUAUUAGUCAUUGCAUAGGUAGGAUUUUUCUUUGAAAAGAUUUGUUUCAACCUGUUUUUAACUGGUUUCUCACUAUCCAAUAUUAGUUAUAAACUGCAUUUUAGAAGUGGAUUUUGUACACUGGACUUUACGAGUACACCAAGCUAAUUGGUAGUUAAAAUCUUUACAUUCAUAUGACUGUUUUGGACUGCUAAUACAAUUUUAGCUUCAGACAUCAAAAAUUGUAUAAGUUCAUGUGUGCAAAGUUGUAACACAUUUUAGCAAUAAGUGUAAACACUUCUAAAUCAUCUGCCUGGUUUUUAUUAUAUUAACUUGGAUUAGCCAAGUAUGGACGGCUCUUUAGACCUGUAUAAAACGUGAUUUAUUUUUAAUUACUCAUUACUUGUGGUAGGAAAUACAGUAUCUUUGAGGUAGGGUUUUUUUUCAUGCACCUGCCGCAAUAUAGGAGAGAGUCAUUCAUAGUUUUCAGUACAAACAGUCCAGCUACCCUCUGCUGAAAGACUGUCCUGGCAAAGUUUGACAGCUAAAUUACAAGUUUUGCUUUAAAUGUAUUGAGAUUUAAUAAUAAUACCUAGCCUAUGCUUCUGGUCCAGGAAAUGUGGCAUUUACUAAACUAUUGUCUUUGGCAGAAAUUGACAAUAGAAAAAUUCAUUGAGAUACAAUUCCAGAAUUAAUUUGAACUUUUGUAAAAGAUGUUUCUAAUCAUGGACCACAUGGAAAAAUAACAACCUGCUAAAGAAAUCCUAUCGGGUAUUUUGGUGUCUGCCCACAUGCAAUGUUACCGUCAUCAUCAUCAGUUAUCUAGAGAGUAACUAAUACACUUUUUUAAAAGUAGAUUGUGCUCACCUGUUUGAUGGUAAUGCUUUAUAUUUCAGUAGUAUUUUUUUCUUGGAGGGUCUCAGAUGCUAUUUUAAAAAUGGUGAAGCUUAUCAACACUAUGUAAACCACAGCCUAGUAGUCCAGUCUAGUCUGUCUUGAGCAGCUGAGGAAACUGAGGCAGUGGUGAUCCAAAUGUGAUGCCUAAAGUCACAGAGCAAAAUAGAACAGAAACAAAUCCAAAUCUUCCCGUUUCAGAAAUGAGGCACCCAGCUUGCACAGGGCUUCUACAGAAAGCCAACUCUGCAGCAGCCUUAAUCUGCUUAUUUGGCUUAGCAUUCUUUGAGUGAUCAGUGCAUGCUUGGAUGUAUAAAUGAAACUGUAAAUAAAGACAAUAUUUAUGUAGUAUUAAUAUUGGGAAAGGAGCAGAAUAACCCAGCUGUUAAUGCUAUCUUUCCUCUCUGCCUCUCUUGCUGAAUCACUGAACUGAUUAGUUCUGACAUUGCCAAUGUUUGCACCACAAAUGAAACUUCAACCAUGGCAAUGCAUGCAGGCAGCUCAUAGGCAACACGCUUGGUUGUUUAGAUUUUGUUUUCUGUUUGUUUUUUUUUAAAUAGAAAAUGAAUUUUGCCUUCCCAGAUUUUGGGGAAGAAAGGAAUGCAAAUAUGUGCCUGGGGGAAAACAGAAGGAUGACUAAGCUGCCAACAGAUUGCUUCAACCUGCACUCCAAAUAGAGAAGGAAUCAGUAGAUGAUGCUUUGUUGAAUCUCUCUGCUUGGCUUUCACCACUACAUAAGAAUAGUGUUAAAUAAUUUAUUGGGAUGUUGGCACUUGCCUCAUGAAGUACAUUGUACACAGUAACCCUGGGGGUGCACUUUGCAUCAUUUACCUUUUCAGAGAAGCAACAGUAUGUGGUUAGAUUGUUUAAAUUUACAGUAUAUAGUGGGGGAUGACUUUUCAGUAAAGGGACUUUAUUGUGGGAUAUCAAAGAAAAGGUCUGACUUAACGCUACUUAGGAAUGGAGAAUUCUAUUACUUUAGAUCUGGCAUGUUUCUUUAUGUGAUGCGGAUGUUAUAUUUAUGAGAUGAUAGAAACAAAAGUAAGGACAGACCACAGUUGCUUUGCUGAAGAUCACAGGUCCUCCUGUACAGGCUCCCUCAGCUUGGAUACUUGCUGAAUGAUAACGUACCACCAGUUCUAGCAAAAAUCUUCCGUUCCCUGGUUUUAAUGGUCGUUACCUGGCUCCUGCUGUAUGGCAAUACAGUGGGAGAAGAAAACAUUAAUUUGUUACAAAUAUUUCUUUUCAGACUUCUGUUUUUCCAAAAAGCUACCCCUAAAUUUAGCCUCUGAAAUGCUUUGUAAUAGGAUACAUUCCGUCAGAAGCUAUGACCCUUUAGAGCAGCUGUGUUGAAUACAGCCAGCCUCAUUCAAGUCCAGGAAAAAUGCCAGAAGCAGACAUCUGUUUCACAUUCCUAGGCUCUGGGCAGAGCCUUCCAGGGGUGGCUGAAUGGCAUUCACUACUCUCAAUCUGCAAACACUGCAACAGGAGCUCCCUAAGGCAACUGGCUGUGUUGUGCACUAGAGUAACCUGCUGUGUGUUUGAGCCCGCAGACCAACACAGUUGGUACAUCUUGGGCUCCACCACGCUGCAAGUACUUGGGCCAGCCCACACAGUCCUGCUCCCUGGGAGGAAGCAGACUUCUUCCCAGCUGGUCCCACACUGUCAUUGCUGCCUAGUACCAGCAAUCUGAAACUUUUGAAGACUGUUCAUCCCCCAAUUUCAUGAGUGGCAGGGAAGCAGCUCAGCAGUUUUGUAUCCAAAGAUGCAACUGAACUGUCCAUGGAAGAACUUCACACUUCAAUGGCAGUAUUUCUUGUGCUCCUUGGGUGGAGUGAUGUGUACCACACACUGGGAACUGUUAGUUAAAAAAAGUUAUUUCAGUCUUCUGGCCAUGCUUAAGAUUGAUGUGUUUACGUCAAUAAAGUGCUUUGACAAAGG